UUUCUACCUUUCCUCCCUUCUUCUCCGCAAACCCACCGCCGCAGCGACGAAGCAGAGCCCACAGUUUUCCUCCACCUUUCCCCUCUUCUCCUCUCCACCUCCUCCUCCUCGCCCGUCAGCCAUGGCGGCGCUGUCCCGCGCGGCCUCCGCGAUCCGGCGGCGGGGUGCCCUGCACCUGCUGCCCGGUGGUGCGCCGACGAGGGCGAUGGCGUCGCUCUUCGGGCACGUCGAGCCGGCCCCCAAGGACCCCAUCCUCGGCGUCACCGAGGCCUUCCUCGCCGACCCGUCCCCCGACAAAGUCAACGUCGGCGUCGGCGCCUACCGGGACGACAACGGCAAGCCUGUCGUGCUCGACUGCGUGCGUGAGGCGGAGCGCCGGAUCGCCGGCAACCUCAACAUGGAGUACCUUCCAAUGGGAGGAAGUAUCAAGAUGAUUGAAGAGUCACUAAAGCUGGCAUAUGGGGAGGAAUCUGAGUUCAUCAAAGAUAAAAGAAUUGCAGCGGUGCAGGCGCUUUCAGGUACUGGUGCAUGCCGGCUCUUUGCUGACUUCCAGAAGCGUUUCUUGCCAGAUUCACAGAUCUAUAUACCUACACCAACGUGGUCCAACCAUCACAAUAUUUGGAGGGAUGCUCAAGUGCCACAGAGGACAUUCUCAUAUUACCAUCCAGAAUCGAGAGGGCUUGAUUUUGCAGGACUAAUGGAUGAUAUCAAGAAUGCUCCAAAUGGUUCGUUCUUUUUGCUUCAUGCAUGUGCCCACAAUCCUACUGGAGUAGAUCCUACAGAGGAACAGUGGAGAGAGAUUUCCUAUCAGUUCAAGUUGAAGAACCAUUUCCCAUUCUUUGACAUGGCAUACCAAGGAUUUGCUAGUGGUGAUCCAGAGAGAGAUGCCAAGGCAAUCCGGAUCUUCCUUGAAGAUGGACACCAGAUAGGAUGUGCUCAAUCAUAUGCAAAGAACAUGGGGCUUUAUGGACAGAGAGCAGGAUGCCUGAGUAUUCUGUGUGAGGAUGAGAUGCAAGCAGUUGCUGUCAAGAGCCAAUUGCAGCAGAUCGCAAGACCAAUGUACAGCAACCCACCUGUUCAUGGCGCGCUGGUUGUUUCUAUAAUCCUAAAUGAUCCAGACUUGAAAAGCUUAUGGUUGAAAGAGGUCAAGGGUAUGGCUGAUCGUAUCAUUGGGAUGCGGAAGGCACUUCGGGAAAAUCUUGAAAAGUUAGGUUCACCUUUGUCAUGGGAGCAUGUCACCAAUCAGAUUGGAAUGUUCUGCUACAGUGGGAUGACACCUGAACAGGUUGAUCGCUUGACAAAUGAAUACCACAUUUACAUGACCCGCAAUGGGAGAAUAAGCAUGGCUGGUGUAACAACAGGAAAUGUUGCUUAUUUGGCCAAUGCUAUUCAUGAUGUCACUAAAUCAAAUUGAGGUUCCUUCCUCCCACCUUCAGCCAAUGAAGAGCAAUUUUUCUUCCUUUCUGGGGCUAUUCACUCUAUACUGUCAUACUGCAGAAAUAAGUUGUAGCAUUGUAGCAUGUCUGUUGCGGCUGUCAAACGGAGAAUUUUAUCUAUAUGGAGAAUGAGAGAUGUCCGACUUGCUUGGAAAGAGUUAAAAGCUGAUCCUGUUCUUUCUUUUCUUUUGCAAAAAAUGGCUAUACCUUGAUUUUAGCAAGACAGCAAAGAACUUCUUUAAGAAAUUGAGCAUGUGGAUGUGUCUCUUGAUGACAUUAUACAUGUUGAUAUGGCCAUGCUAACCUUGGGUACGACUUUUGGUACCCUCAAUUCUAUAAUAUUUGAAAGAUUUAUAAUCAGGUGAA